CUUCAUUGUUGUGUGUUUUCUCUCUCUCAACAUUUCAAUUCAAACUCAAUCUCUUCAUGGACAUUUAUCCUUCAAACCCAAUCUCUGCUACUUGCCUACUACAAUCAAGAACCAACAAUCUGAGAGAAAACGCAGAUCCAGAGGAAGGGAGAGAAAACACAUCUCUUUUCAAACUCAAAUUCUGCUAGAGAAAACGAGCACGCGAUUCUGAUCCCGAACCCCAUAUCAAUCAAGCACGCGAUUCAGUCAAUGGCAACCUGAGAGUUCACGCGAUUCUGGGCUACCCAUCUCCUACCCGUGUCUCCAAUCAAGCACGCGAUUCUGGCUCAGGGAUGAGGUUCUUUGAGGAGCAUGAUAAAGAUGGUAAUGGCCAACUAACUCUUUCAGGCUUCAGCAGCCUACUAAGGUGUCUGAAUGGGAAGAACAUGCAAGGUAUUCCAUGUGAGAGCUUGAACAUCACAAAAUAUGAUCGAAGACUGAGCAUAGGAAGAGCUAUACACAGGUUGAACUUCUCUCAAGUGAUUACUACAAGAUUAAGGUUUGGAACUCCAAGUUUUACAAGUGAUUGUUCACUCUCAUGGGUCACCUUGAUUACAUAUGUACCGUCCUCACCAGCCAGUUACAACAUUAUCUUGGAAGUUAGAACCCGAGUGACAUCCUAUCCAGUUCCUAUGCAUGGCUUCCAAUGUGGACAACAUAGCAGAAGAGGAUAACUAACCUGAUUUCUGCAUUUUAAUCGUAGGAGAGCUUAAAGAAUGUUUGGAUCGUUGGCAAUUCCGGGUGCCUUUCAUUGAGUGGAUUCUUGACAUUGGGAGCACACUGUUUGAUGGCGGAGAUGAGAAGAGGAGAGGCACUUCAGCUCAAUCUCGCCCUUGAGGUGGUGAUGGCUUGAUGAUGGACAAGAACAUUGUUUCAGAAGAUCCAGUCAUUAGAGCCUUUGCUUUUCCCCUUUAUUUUCAUUCCAUACCCUCUUUGUUUCUGAUUUUUAUGAGUUCAUUUCUUAUUCGUUGCUGUUAUUUUCUUUCAUGGUGGUUAUGUACUUUAAUCGUGCAGGACAAGGAAUAAUCAAAGAAAGGGAUUCAGAAAUAGCUUAAUGCAUUAUUACGGGAAAACAAUUUUAAUUUAA